AUGGCUUCUGACGAAAAAUGGUACUUUACCAAAGAGCAACUGGAGAACACACCGUCGAGGCAGUUCGGAAUCGAUGCGCUGAAAGAACUCACAUAUCGCCAGCAGGCUGCUUACUUCAUACAGGAUAUGGGCCAGAGGCUAAGAGUUACACAAUUAUGUAUAAACACUGCUAGCGUUUAUAUGCAUAGAUUCUAUGUGUUCCAUUCGUUUACGCAUUUCCCGUGGUAUUCAAUUGCCGCCGCUGCGUUGUUUCUUGCCGCCAAGGUCGAGGAACAACCAAGGAAGUUGGAGCACGUUAUUAGGGUACACAAUAUUUGCAAGAAUCCACGCGAUGUUUCCUUUGGCGUCAAUACAGAGAGGUACCAGCAGCAGUCACAGGAUCUGGUCUUCAACGAGAAUGUCCUGCUGCAGACGCUGGGCUUCGACGUGGCCAUCGACCAUCCACACGCGCACGUCGUGCGGUGUUGUCACCUAGUCCGCGCCAGCAAAGACCUGGCGCAAACUUCCUACUUUAUGGCAAGCACUAGCUUGCAUCUCACUACCAUGUGCCUGCAAUACAAGCCGACGGUGGUCGCGUGCUUCUGCAUCCACUUGGCGUGCAAAUGGUCCAACUGGGAGAUACCGUUAUCGAACGAGCGGCGGGAAUGGUUUUCCUAUGUGGACACGUCGGUGACGGCCGAAUUGCUCGCCCAGCUUACCGAUGACUUCCUGUCGAUAUUCAGCCGGUGUCCGUCGCGCGUGAAAGAGAAGAUUAUGGCGUAUAGCGACGGCCCGAAUAUAAAUCGCAAUUUGAGUCAUUCUUCGUCAUCUGAAUCGGAGGCGCGUAAAGCGCCACUUACGGAAUCGAAAGAUUCGCAUAAUCGAGCUCAUCAUCAUGAGAAAUCAGGCGAAGAUCACAAACAUCGACAACGUCCACUGGACUCAGCCAGCAGUAGUUCUUCUGGUCUUGCGUCGGCCAGUAGUAGUAGUAGCUCCAGUCAACAACAGCAAAGAGAACGAGAGUACAGAGAGAAAAAGGAACGCGAGCGACAAGCGCAUCAGAAGUUACAGCAGCAGCAGCAACAACACUCGUCGUCUGGUAGUAAGUUACCGGCUGGUCCACACGGCCAUCACCGGCCGCCGGGCGAUUCAAAAUUAAAAUCGCAUACGCGACCGAAUCCGCUGCCGCCGGGCCGUCCGGAGCAUCGUGAAGUGCCGCGCGAUUCCGACGCGCAAGUGCGCGCCGAUAAAGAACUCAUAGACAAGCGUUAUCUCAGUAAACCUAAUAGUGAUACAAACAAUGCGACGAACGUUGGUCACGCGGAACAUUACAGUGGUGAAAAACGUGGUGUCGACACUUCCAGAUCGCGCGCCCCCGCGGACGCGAAACUGAUGGCCUACAAACACGACUCGCGUCGGCCGCACGACGCCAGCGGCGCGAAGACGGAGCUGGACGCACGUAAACACUCGUCGCAGAGCUGGUUCGACAGUUAUAACAAAAAUAGCAUGCACCCGAAGCAGCAGCCAAUAAAUAAUAGUACCUCGCAGAUGAAAGUCAAGUCGCCUUUUGCUCCAGAGAAUAAUGCACAAAAAUCCGUCCCAAAAAGCAGUAGUAGCAUCAAGAGCGAGCCGCACAACGGCAGCAACACAAGUAGUAGUAAUAGCAACGGCACGUAUGGCUUCGACCAGCUGGACCAGCAGAUCAAGCAAGAACCCAAGGAGUUGCCGGUGAAAAAGCCGAGCAUGUUCUCGCCGGAGAAAACACCGCCGCGCAAGAUGAACAUCUCGAUUAAAAUGCCGCCUUAUGAUAGCAGCCAGCAUGCAAAUCAACACAUUCCAUCGAAAAAGCCAUCAUCUAAUCACGGUUACGACGCCUCGCGUCCGAUCAAGAAGGAUCAAUCCGAAGGGUUUGAGAACCUGUUUCGUGAUGCGGGUUUGCACACACUUAGCGCGAUGAUGACUGCGGGUAUACCUGAACUGGAUGAUUACGGAACUACGGGUCCCAUGUCGAAUUCUGGGCCGAUACAAUUCGGGAAUAUGAUGCAGACUGUUCCCCAGCAGCAGGCGCCUCCACCAAAAGUGUCCCAACCAUCGUUUAUACCAAAAGACACAAAAGAUUCAAUCGAGACUCAGUCGGCAUACAGUUAUUCUUCAAGUGCAUCGCUUUCGACUUCUUCUUUGCUUAGCAGUACCUCGCAGCCGAUUGUGAACGGCAUCGAAACAAAUCCUACGUUAAUUAGCAAUUUAUUGAAAGAAGCGCCACCUGUGCUUAAACUGCCGACGAUUUCCGGCACGGUGCAAGAGGAACCACCAACGAAUGAUGAAAGUAAAGACAAGGAGCACGGGCAUAAAGAUAAAAAGAAGAAAAAUAAAGAGAAACACAAGCAUAAGGAUAAAGAAAAGAGUCGCGAGGAGAAGGAGAAGAAGCGAAAGCAUAAAGACAAAGAUAAAGAGAAGCACAAGUCGAAGAAUCGUGAUAAAGAUAAGCCGCACGGAUCAGAUGAACCUAUAAAGAUCACCAUUUCUAAGGAUAAGAUCCAGCAUCCACCCGAAGUGGCACCCACACCCAGCGUUGGUCUGAAGAUCAAGAUCCCCAAGGAUAAAAUCAAGACGGAGAUCAUUGAGCCGCUGCCACCGCCGCAGUCGACGCCAGCGAUCAAGAUCAAGAUCUCGAAGGAAGUGAUCAACAUUGGCGCGGCGCCCGACAGCGGCGGCAAGAAGCGCGAGCGCGACAAGAACAGCUCGCCGGGCGAGUCGCCGCACAAGAUGUCCAAGUACAGUCGGCAUCAUGGCGGAAGCAUGGAGAAGCAAAACGGGCGCAGCUCAUUUGGCAAGCUGAAAUUCACUUCAAUUGACGUUGACUGAUGGCGAUCUGAAACGUGAGCGAGGACGAGGCGAUGACAAUGCAUAGCAAUAGAUACUCAGAUACUCCUAUAAAAUACGCCAACAAAGGAACGUCGGGCACGUAAACUGUUGGCGGCACGGACGAGUUGCAAAAAAGUGUAAUCGAUUUGAGGGCCCGCCGCGUGCUGUGCACAACCCACCCACAACAACCCCUCAAAUACACACGAUAUCGAGACCCGUUUUCGUUUCUUUGAAAUUUGAAAAAUUCUGUCUGCCUGCGCGCACUCGUGCAACAUUUGAUGUUUUCUUUCUUUGAUUAUGUAACUGUGUUUAGUUAGGCCAUAGUGCGCUGAUUAUGUUAAGCGCCGCGCGCGUAUCAGCACGAUGUUUGUAUAUUAAUCAAUCCGUAAGUGAUUGCAGAGAGAGCGUAAACGAAAACCUACUACUAAUAAACAAAACAAAAAAAAAAAAACUAAAUGAAAAGCCGAAAAAAAAUGUUGCAAUAUUAGAAUAAUUGGUUGUCAACACACGUUUUGGGUCUUUGCGUAUGUAUUAUUUUUAUACUUGUUAAAUUUAUUGAAGCAUGUGAAGAUGGAGAAAUGAAAACUACACAAAACACACAAAUCUAGGAUAAGUACGCCUACGAAAUUACUACUACUACUAGAAUUGCGUACCUAAGACGUAUUGAUUGUUAUAGUUGUUGAUUAACCGUCAUCUGGCUUUGGAAUUUUUGUGCAACCGACUGAAAUCUGAUACAUAUUAGAUACACAAGGAAUUUAUGGAAUUUAUUUUACUUAACUAAAGAUUUAAUAUGAUGAAAAACACAAUGAUAACAAAGAGAAAUUUGAAGAGUUUCCACUGCGCGUCGCUCUUAGUAGUUGAGAUUUGUAAAUAUGUUCAUAAACUAUUAAGGAUUAUUUAUUAAUUAAAUAAACAAGAAGAAGAAGAAGAAAAAACAAACACUAUAUAAACGUAAUAUCGGCUAAGAGUUAUAAUACCAUCAUAUAUAACAUAUUUUUGUGAUUAUCCAUUAAAUACUAAUUACUAACCGAUGCGAAAAUACUAAAAAAAAGUGCAUAACAAAUAUUAUUGUAGAUAGGUAGAUGAUAGAUAUGAAAUUUUGUAUUCAAAUCUAUAUAUACGUACAUAUGUAAGCUGUGUAUGUAUGUAUGUAUAUAUAUUUCAUGAACACAUCUUAAUUUUAUUUAAUUAUUUGCGUUAUGUGUUACAGCUUACGAAAGAAUAAUUUAUUUUUUACUGUAAACCAACUAAUGUAAUCUUAUCGGAGAAGCACGAGUGACUACACGCACACAAACACAAAACACUUACCAUAAAUUAAUUCUAACAAAGAAAAAACAAGUUGCAAGUUGCGCUGUACACAAAGGGUAUACCAAGAAUGUAUAAAUAAAUAUGUUCUGUUAAGAUUUUAAACGAUUUUAAGUUAGCAUCAACUGUUCAAAAAUAUGUUUUCAAUGCAGUUGACACACUGAAACAAGUGUAGCCGAAUUUCAAAUGAAACACCGAUUCAAGCAAAGUACUUUUGCGAAACGAUUAUAGUUUGUAAGUAAAUUUCAUUGUAAAUAACUAUUGUGUAAUUCUCAGGUUUGUUAGAAUGCUGGAUUUUGUUUAAUUAUCAAACACAUUGCCGGACACAUUGCAGGAUGACGAUGCAUUUUGAGUUCGGAGUUUUUUCUAUGUAAUAUACGAUUUAUUAUGUUCAUAUUGAUAACGAAAUUCUUUGCAAUUCAAUAUAUCAAUUAAAAUCAA